AUGGCAAUGAAACACAGGAAACUGUUCCCAGCUGGAACUGAAACAAAUCAAACUACAGACUGCCCUGACUUCUGUGACCCAGCUUGUCCUUAUAAUUGCUAUCCUUACUCAGACUACUAUUUGUUGCCUCCACCACCACCACCACCACCACCUCCUUCAUUCUUGCCCCAAGAACGCCACUUAUCACCAUAUGUGAUCAUCAUAGUUGCUUUGCUAGCCAGUUUCUUCCUUAUUGUUAGCUACUAUGUUAUUGUAGCCAAGUCUUGUUGUGGUUGGUGUGGUUCCAGGAAUAACAGGCAGCCCCAAGCUCAAGAAGAAAAUACAGAUGAAGAAUUUCUUGAUGAGAACCGAGUUGAUCACCCGAUAUGGUUCAUUGCCACAAUUGGUUUGCAACAGUCAAUUAUCAAUUCAAUCACAGUUUUCAAGUACAAGAAGGGUGAAGGGCUAAUUGAAGGAAGUGAAUGCUCAGUUUGCUUGAGUGAAUUUCGGCAAGACGAGACUCUUAGGCUACUGCCUAAGUGUAACCACGCGUUUCACAUAUCUUGUAUUGAUACUUGGUUGAGAUCUCACACCAAUUGCCCCUUGUGUCGUGCACAUAUAGUAAAUGGAGGGGUUAGCGCUCCCUUGGUUUCAGUGGGUCAGAACCACGAUGACUUAAAUCCAAUUGUCAGUUCCCAGAUGGAGAAUUCGCAUGUUGAUAGUGGAUUUAGUAAUAUUCAAGAGAGAAAUGAACCUUGCGAAAACAGAGCUGUAACAGAUGAGGGAGGUGAAAUACUACAGGUUGGUGAAGAAAAAACUUUGAAGGAUGAAGUGAAUUAUAAUGAUAAUGGUGAUCUCCAGGUACUUUGUGACUCUGUGGAUAAAUAUCAGGAUGUGGAGAAUAAUAUAAAGCCGAUGAGGAGGUCUUCUUCAAUGGAUUCUUUGAAAGCAACAACUACGAGUGUUGGCCUGACUGAUCAUAGUCCACUUGAAUCCGAGGAAAACUUGGUUAGUCAGAUCGAAAAUAAUGAGGAAAGAAUAUCAAAAAUUGUUUUGAAGGGAGAUGGUCCACAUUCAAGCGAGUUUAAAUUGACUGGCAGUUCUUCCAUUUCACAAUGUCUUCAUAAAGGUCCUGUUUCUAUGAAAAGAUCAUUUUCAUGUGGGGGAGGUUUUUCACUUCAAGGCAAAACCGAAGCCUGA